AUGCCAGGGAUCGACCCGGAGAUUGUGGAGCAUCGUAUCCCCUUACUGUCGGAUGCGAAACCUGUGAAACAGAAGCUCAGGCGGAUGAGGCCGGAUUGGGUGCAGAAAAUCAAGGAAGAGGUCACCAAGCAGAUUGACACAGGUUUUCUCAUGGUCUCUCAAUACCCAACCUGGGUGGCCAACAUUGUUCCCGUUCCCAAAAAGAAUGGACAGAUUCGAGUUUGUGUUGAUUUCAGGGACUUGAACAGAGCAAGCCCCAAAGACAACUUUCCCUUGCCACACAUCGAUGUGCUUGUGGAUAAUACAGCGGGGCAUGCUUUGCUCUCGUUCAUGGACGACUUCUCGGGCUAUAAUCAGAUUCAUAUGGCACCCGAGGACCGUGAAAAAACCACAUUCAUCAUUGAGUGGGGCACUUACUGCUACUUGGUCAUGCCGUUUAGUUUAAAGAAUGUCGGUCCUACUUAUCAGCGGGCUGCAACAACUAUCUUGCACGACAUGAUGCAUAAAGAGGUGGAGGUUUAUGUGGAUGACAUGAUUGCCAAGUCCAAAACUCGAGAAGGCCACAUUCCUGUGCUUAAGAAGUUCUUCGAGAGGCUCCGCAAGUUUUGCAUGCGCCUCAAUCCACAGAAAUGCACCUUCGGGGUCAUAGCAGGAAAUAUGCUUGGUUUCAUGAUUACUUCUCGUGGAAUUGAGGUCGAUCCAUCUAAAAUCAAGGCAGUGCUUGAGCUGAAGCCACCGGAACAAGUGUCAAGCGGCCUUUACGUCUAUUCAGAACUACCUGCAGAACCCUCCGAUUUUGAUGCCGCUAGCGUCGGGAAAGCUUUUGAUUCUGUACUUGUCUGUGAACCCUUCAUCUAUGGGAUGUUUGCUGGCUUAAGAAGGGGAUAUGGGUGUCGAAAAGGCCAUCUACUACUGAAGCAAGAAGAUGGUCGGAUGCGAAGAACGCUACACCGCUCUGGAGAAGAUUAUCUGUUUGAGAAACCUGCGCUUACUGGUAAAUUAGCACGUUGGUUGCUCUUACUGGUAGAAUUCGAUCUCGAGUAUGUCACGAGGAAGUCCGUCAAAGGACAUGCUGUUGCGGAGUUUUUAGCGGAUCAUCCUGUUGAUGGGCCGGAGGAUUCUGAUUUUGUGUUUCCGGAUGAGGAGGUGCUAACGGUCGUUGAAGAUGUGUGGACUCUCUACUUUGAUGGGGCAGCCAACCAGAAAGGGUAUGGGAUUGGAGUAUUAUUGAUUACGCCUGAUGGCUCUCAUAUUCCGCUUGCAUUCAAACUCAAUUUCGAUGUCACAAAUAACCAAGCUGAGUACGAGGUCUGUAUUGUUGGCAUGGAAGCUGCUCUUACUCUCGGCGUUGAAAAGCUCGAGGUCAUUGGCGAUUCUAAUCUUGUUGUAUCUCAAGCCAAUGGGGACUGGAAAGUUCGUGAGAAAAGCUGA